AUGAGGUUGCUAUCUGUCCUGCUCGCCGUUACCAGCGCGGCCUCUGCUGCAGCCAUGCUACAGGCAGAGCUCUUCUACCAGCCAGUCGCCGCAUCCUCGAAACCAGUCGAGCUCGCGCAAAUAAGCUACGAUCCAGCGACUCUGCGGGCCAAAGUCAUAUCCUACUCGCCUCCUGGCUCCUCUAGCCCAGAAACAGCAGGCGGAGAUCAGAUCCGCAUCGGCACAUCGCCUCAGUCCAGCAGCUGGACCGGCGUCCUGGCCUCCCGCGCCCUCCUCCAGCCGUCUCCUUCCAGCAGCCAUUCGCCUAUUCUCUCACUCUAUCUCGAUGCCGAGGACCGCGUAUAUCAUGUUGGAGUCUCGUCUUCGUCGCCGUUGACAUCCGCAGACGGCCAUAAAAACCAGGCAGGGAAGCCUUCGCACGUGAAGGUUCACCUUGUCCGAUCUCAACCAGCUGCUGUGCCACAGUUGAACAGGCCCGUUGUAAGAAGGGCAGACGAUGCAGACGAAGAGCAGGUGGAGAUUCCCCUGAUGAACUCACUGCUUCAGAAGUACUGGUGGCUUUUGCCCAUUGUCUUUCUGCUAGCCGUAGGAGGCGGCGGUUCUUGA